AUGCCAUCAUCCAAUGACGACGCGUUCCAUGCUGAAGAUACGCCGGACGAGGUAAAAGGAAACAAAGCAAGUCGCAAGAAGCAGAAGAAGAAGGCGGCCAAGCAGAGACUCGAAGCUGAGGAUGACUCUUCCAACAAGGACUCGUCGUCCGAGGGCCCUCACUUCUCGCCAGAUCUAGCCCCGACCCUCAACCCCAUCGCUCCCUCACCUCCCCCAUCUCGUUCGCCAAGUCCCCCUCUUGACUCCUGCCCGUCUGCGCCCACCGACGGCUUCUCACCUCCCAACAAGACCGCCUCCUACUUGUCCAAGGUCUCUACACUACAGUCUACCACACAUCAACCACAUCAAUUCGCACCAACCUCGGAGCCCUCCCCUCCACAAGAUGGUGUCAUGUUGGGACAAGACGCCUCAAAACUGCCCUCCCGUCUAUCUGGUGCCGGUAGUCCGCUCCACGCUGCUUCCCUGUCUUCGUCCCCUCAAGGCGGUAUCCGUUUGCCUCAGGCCUUCACGUCAAGAGGCUUCCCAGAUCCAGGAAACACUCCCUACACCACACCUGCUACCCAGCCCAUGAAUUUUGCCGCCUACAAGACUCCGAAAGUCGCAUAUGAUUCUCCACCUCCACACAUGCCACAACGUCAUUUCUCGAGGCUCGCUGAGUUCGACUUUAGUAGGCCGGCUCACAACGAUAAAUUCUUGCAAGCUGGUUCCAGGGGUUACUAUUGUGGUUUCGAUACGUGGCAGACUCCCAAAGGCUCCCCGACCACGGGCACAAGCUCGGUUGUUGUUGUCGGCUUUGAAGGCGGUCUGGAAGUUCACAGAGUCAACAGGCACAAAAGUGAGAUGCUUGCUCGUCUGGAAGGUUUGCAAGGUGGGGUCAUUGAUGCAAAGAUCCUCCCAUGUACAGUCCGGGACGAUCAUUUGGAUCACCUACGCCCUCUCGUCGCUUGUGUUAUUCAUGGCCCUGUGCUGGUCCCCGAGUCAGAGCAGUCGUCCUCUGGCGCUGACAUCAAAGAGUAUCACACCUUCGUUGAGAUAUACUCCAUGCGGACGUGGCAACGCGUCAGCAGACUCUAUCAGACUCAACCCGAGAGAACUCACCAGUCAGUCACCACGAAAGGCUUCACACCUCCUCCACCUAUUGGAAAUCUAAGCAUCGCAGCUGAAGGACGCUUCAUUCUUGUAACGUCUGGUGUCAGCGGCGAGAUCUAUGUCUUUGCUGCUCGAAGCAAUCUGCCUGCUGACCAGCCAUUCUAUUGUCUGGGCAAGUACUGGUCAUGCCUUAAAGCAAGAGUACCCUCCUCGGACGAUCGGUAUGCUUCCAAGUCUAGUGACCCUGCACUCGCCUGGCAAAAGAGUGCGAAAAGGGCUGUGUAUGCAUUGAGUGAUCGUUGGCUAGCCAUCAAGCCACCCCUCUCUUCGUCCUCGCAAACAACCUUGAAAGGCACUACAGGACCGAUAAGUCAGAUUGAUUCCAUGAGCAUUGCAAGUCACAUCUCGCCAGCCUCACCUCUGAUCAAUUGUGAGGUCGAUGCGCCCUUCAACGACAGUCUCAUCAGCCGCGUAGCAAAGACUACAACUCGAGAAAUUUAUAAGGGCGCCCAACAAGGCUUCCAAGCACUAAAGACAUACAUCAAUCGACCAGCAAAUCCCAAUGUUGACCCGACAUAUUAUGGAUCACCUCAAUCGCCGCAAUCCGAGCAAACUAUCUUCCCACCGACGCAUGCUCACAGUAACGAGCCUCAAACAUCUCCACUAGAGCCAGCGCAUGUGUCGAUCAUUGAUCUCGAGAAAUUGCUCGAACGAGGAGAGCGUGAGGUCAAGACAACUCAGGUCAUCCCCCUGACGUUCCAGCUCAACGAUGGGUGCUCUUUCCUUUCCUUUUCUCCUAGUGGAUUAUCUCUACUUGCAACGAAUCAAACCGGUAACGAGUCAAGAGUCUGGGACCUGACUCGUAUCAAUGAUAGCAGAGCAGUUGUCGCAGAUCCGUCUUCCAUCGGAACUGUCCGGUUAGUUUCGAGGUUCCCCAGAGUAUCGUCCUCGGUAGUCACUGAUGCAGUCUGGACCGUGUGCGGCAACCGGAUCGCGAUGGUCACUGAAAAGGGAACCGUACAUCUUUACGGGUUACAAUCUUUGGAAUAUAAGCCAGCGGUAAUGCUUCAUUCGAGCCUGCCUUCGCCCGGCUCGUCUCCACGCGACGAGCUUCAGGCACCAACUGGAGGCUUCAUGAGCAACGUGCGUGCAGGCUGGCAGAGUAUUCAUGGUCUGGCCACCAGACCUCGAACUGGCUCUAGCGGUAUCGUAAGCACCAUUGGGAACGCGUCAAUAGCUGCCAGAUAUGCUGGCGGAAGAGCUGUUCGUCAAGGUCUGUCCAAGGGCUUGGGCAUGGCCGCUGAAGGCGCUCACCACUUCCGACACGCCGAAGACAACAAGAUCCGUCUGACGUCCGGUCAACAAAAUAUCACACCAAAUUGUGUCCAGUGGCAGCAUGGAAAGGACAAAGAGAUUAUUGCCACUCUCUGUAACGGCAUCCUGACGUUAUGGGCUGUCAAGAAUGUCAGCCAUACUCAGCACAAGAAAACGAUAAUCACUCCAGCGGUAGACAAAACGCCACUGUGGAUACAUGCUCUACCUACCAUGUCCAGCGACGUAUUACCACCCGCCGUUCUUGGACUACUCGAGCCAGAUGGAAAACAUGGUGCGUGUGCCCGGGAGGGUCCGCAUGGAUUCUGUGUCUGGGACGUAUCUCCGGCGCACAAAAAUGCCCAAAGACGGUCUUCUAGCGUCAGUUUAGGCAAAAGAAUUACGCCCGUCCCGCAUCAGGACAAGGACACGAACCCGCCUUAUAUGCCUUACCAUCGUCUGCCUACAGUGAACCUCUUCACAUAUUCUUCAGCAAAGAGUCAGACAGACGAAGUAGACGACGCUUGGGUAUUCGGACUGCCUUUGCCGGCCAGUAGUAGAGUUAGCAGUCAGCAAGACGACAUAGACGAAAGGUACGAUGGAGGCAUUACUGAAGGAGACAUGGAAGGCUUCGUUGGCCAGAUGGACGAAACUCUGCGUGCUCAAGAAUCUUCGAAGAAGCACAAUGAUGAGUUUGAGGAAGAGAAAUCAGUCGAUAUGUAA